AUGGGUUCCAUUGUCCUGCCUCAUUUGCAAACAGCCUGGCAUGUGGACCAGGCUAUCCUGUCUGAAGAAGAACGCCUGGUGGUGAUUCGGUUUGGGCGGGACCACGAUCCCGACUGUAUCCGCCAAGACGAAGUCCUCUACAAGAUCGCCGAGCGAGUUAAGAAUGCACCCCCAGACUUCGCCGUCAUCUACCUAUGCGACGUCGACCAGGUUCCCGAUUUCAAUCAGAUGUACGAACUUUAUGACCGCAUGACGAUCAUGUUCUUCUACCGCAACAAGCACAUGAUGUGUGAUUUCGGCACAGGAAACAACAACAAAUUGAACUGGGUGCUGGAGGACAAGCAGGAGCUGAUUGACAUCAUUGAGACGAUAUACAAGGGCGCAAAGAAGGGUCGCGGCCUGGUGGUCAGUCCCAAGGAUUACUCGACCAGAUACCGAUACUAA